GCAGCCAAUCACCCAGCGCUGUGAUAUUAGUCUGUAAGAGGAAGAUUCCUGGAGAGGAAACACACACAUUGUAUUCCCUGCACAGACAGUGUGUAUACCUGGAGUUUCCAAAGUUGAAUACACUUUGUAGAAAUGGGCUCCAUCGGAGUUAUGUCCUGUGGCAUCCAUGCCCAGCAGUGUGCCAAUAUAUUGAAGUCAGGUGUGCACAGAGGGUCCUGCCGCAGCCUUCACAUGACAGGGAGAUAUGCCGCAAAAGAAUAUUAUGAUGUGGUUGUAGUUGGAGGAGGAGCCGCUGGCAUCACCAUGAGUUCUCGGAUGAAGAGGAAAGUAGGAGCCGGCAAUGUUGCUGUUAUAGAGCCAAGUGAGAAACACUAUUACCAGCCCAUGUGGACUCUCGUCGGUGGUGGUGCAAAAAAGCUGGCAAGUUCUGAGCGUUCUACAUCCAGUCUGAUCCCGUCAGGAGUUAAAUGGAUCAAGUCAGAAGUAAAAGGCUUUGAUCCUGAUAAGAACUCUAUCCGCAUUGAUGAUGACAAAGAGAUAAGCUAUAAAUACUUAAUCAUUGCUCUCGGUAUCAAAUUGCAGUACGAAAAGGUGAAAGGUUUGCCGGAAGGUUUUCAGUAUCCCAAAAUUGGUUCCAACUACUCUGUAAAAUAUGUGGAGAAUACGUGGAAAGCUCUGCAGGAUUUUAAAAAGGGAAAUGCCAUAUUUACCUUUCCAAAUACUCCAGUGAAAUGCGCUGGGGCACCCCAAAAAAUCAUGUACUUGUCAGAGGCUUAUCUCAGAAAAACAGGAAAGCGAUCAGAUGCCAAUAUCAUAUUUAACACAUCCCUGGGAGUCAUCUUUGGUGUUAAGAAAUACGCAGAUGCUCUGCUGGAUAUCAUCAGGGAACGAGAUAUCCAGGUGAAUUUCAGGCACAAUCUAAUUGAGGUGCGAGCAGAUAAGCAGGAAGCCGUGUUUGAGAACUUGGACAAACCUGGAGAAACCAAAGUGUAUCAGUACGAAAUGCUGCACGUCACCCCACCUAUGGGACCACCAGAUGUGUUGGUGAAUAGUCCAGUGGCAGAUGCAGGCGGCUGGGUGGAUGUCAGCAAGGAUACUCUACAGCAUAAAAAAUACCCCAAUGUGUUUGGCAUUGGUGAUUGCACAAACCUUCCAACAUCGAAAACUGCAGCAGCCAUAGCCGCCCAAUCCGCUGUACUUGAUAAAACCAUUUCCUUGGUGAUGAAAAAUGAAAAUCUGACCAGCAAGUAUGAUGGCUACACUUCUUGCCCAUUGGUGACUGGUUAUAGUAAAGUGAUUCUAGCAGAAUUUGACUACAAUCAACAGCCUUUGGAAACGUUUCCCAUUGACCAAGGCAAAGAGAGAAGAUCCAUGUAUCACAUGAAAGCAGAUAUGAUGCCGUUUCUCUAUUGGAACCUUCUGCUCAAGGGAUAUUGGGGAGGACCUGCUCCCUACAGGAAACUGAUGCAUCUUGGGUUCAAGUAAUACCCUUUUAACAAGGAAGCAGACAUCUUCUCAACGCCCACUAUCUGUAAAGACAGUAGCAGUUUGCCAAUCCAUACCUUUAGGAUAUAUAAAGAGUUCAGUUGUGCUUAUCCCUCAAUCAAGUCAUUAAUUAGAACAUGCCAUUGGGAUACCAUUGAAUUAUGAGGGAAGGGACAAAAUCCAUUUAAGGGUUUCCAAGCUGGGUUCAAUCUGGGCAUGUGGGGCAGGAUGUAACAUCCCUUUAAGAGUUAAACCUCAUUUACAUUUUUGGGGGGAAAUUGUGGCACCUGAAACAGAAUUUCAGCAUUAUAAAUGACAGAUUUGGUUGUUGAGCCGAUAUAAUCAUGUGCAUUUGUUACAAAUAAAGUUUUUAUUUUACCUUCA